AUGGAGUAUUACGAUCUCGGCACUCAUUCCCGUCCCGUCACCACCGCGAGCCAAGAGGCGCAGACGUGGUUCGAUCGCGGCCUGGUGUGGUGCUACGGCUUCAACCACGAAGAAGCCGCCAAAUGCUUUGAGCACGCUAUCAAGGCCGAUCCAAAGUGCGCCAUGGCCUACUGGGGCCUCGCGUACUCGCUGGGCCCCAACUACAACAAGCCCUGGGCGCUGUUUGAGGCCGACGAGCGCAGGUCGGCCACGCAGCGCACCCACGACGCCGUGGAAAAGGCGACGGCGCUGGCCACGGAAACCUCCAUCUCGCCGGUGGAAAGGGCGCUCAUACAUGCGAUACGCUACCGUUAUCCGCAACGAGAAGCUCCUGCUGCCAACGAGGAUGAGGUCAAGACUACCAUCUGGAACACAGACUACGCCGAUGCCAUGAGUGCCGUCGCCGCCAAAUUUCCCGACGACCUGGAUGUCGCCACGCUAUACGCCGACUCGCUGAUGAAUCUGACCCCGUGGGCGCUCUGGGACAUUCGCACGGGCAAGCCGGCCGAGGGCGCCAGGACGCUCGAAACCAAGCGCGUCCUGGACCACGCGCUCUCUCUCCCCGGCGGCCGCCAGCACCCCGGCGCUCUGCACCUGUACAUUCACCUCAUGGAAAUGUCCACGACGCCCGAGGCCGCCCUGCCCGCCGCCAACCUCCUCCGCGGGCUGGUGCCCGACUCUGGCCACCUGAACCACAUGCCGAGCCACAUUGACAUUCUCCUCGGCGACUACGCCGCCGCCGCCCUCGCCAACACGGCCGCCGUCGCCGCCGACGAGAAGUUUCUCGCCCGCGAGGGCGCCCUCAUGUUCUACUCGCUCUACCGCAGCCACGACUACCAUUUCCUGCUCUACGGCGCCAUGUUUUCGGGCCAGUCGGCCCUCGCGCUCGAGACCGUCGACCGGCUCGAGGCCAGCAUCUCCGAGGAGCUGCUGCGCAUCGCGUCCCCGCCCAUGGCCGACUGGCUCGAGGCCUUUUUGGCCAUGCGCGUGCACGCCCUCAUCCGCUUCGGCCGCUGGGACGACGUGCUGGCGCUGCAGCUCCCGCGCGAUCCAGACUUGUACUGCGUCGGCACCGCCCUCACCUACUACGCCAAGGGCGUCGCUCAUGCCGCCAUGGGAAACGUCGAGCAGGCGCGCGAGCAGCAGGCGCUGUUUGAAAAGGCGCGCGCCAACGUAAAGGAGUCGCGUACCCUCUUCAACAACCAGUGCACCGAGAUUCUCAAAGUUGGCGCGGCGCUGCUCAGCGGCGAAGUCGAGUACCGCGCCAAAAACUACGAGGUCGCCUUUGCGCAUCUUCGCGAGGCCAUUGCCCUGUAUGACAACCUGCCCUUUGAUGAGCCUUGGGGGUGGAUGCAGCCUGCGAGGCACGCCUACGGUGCUCUGCUGCUCGAACAAGGGCACGUGGAAGAGGCAAUGGCCGUCUACAAGGCCGACCUGGGGAUUGAUGACUCUCUGCCCCGUGCGCAUCAACAUCCGCACAAUGUUUGGUCUCUGCAUGGAUAUCAUGAAUGUCUGGUUACACUGGCUAGAAUCGAUGAAGCAGAGGCUAUAAGUGGAAAAGUAAAGGCUGCGCUGGAGCUGGCCGACAUGCCCGUCAAGGCUUCGUGCUUUUGCAGGACCCAGGUUUAG